AUGUCAAGAUCACACUGCGAAACAGAAAACGUACAAUUCGUUCAAGAAUUAGCCGAAGUUGAUGGGCCCUUUGAAUCCCCCAUAAAUAUUAAUUUUAAAGAUUUAAUCAAAUUAGAACUUCCUUCCCUUGUUUGGAAUCAAUGUGAUGCCAGCCCGAAAAAAAUGAAAAUAACAAACACGGGACAUACCGUUAUUUUAAGCGGUAAGUGGAAAUGUGAAAGACCGUAUUUAACAGGGGGACCCCUUAAAGGAAAAUAUGUUUUCUCACAGAUACACUUUCAUUGGGGUACGGAUGAUUGUAAGGGUAGCGAACAUUUAGUAUGUGGCGAAGGAUUUCCUUUGGAAAUGCACGUUGCUCAUUUCAAAGCGGAUUAUUUAACACAAGAAUGUGCCCUAAGAGAAAAAGAUGGAAUGGUCAUAUUAGUUUAUUUAUUCAAACUUCAAGAUGAGCCGAACACGAGUUUAAAUAGAAUAAUUAAUUCACUGCAAUACAUACAACAACCAAGUUCGAGUCAACAUUUAGAUCCACGACCCAUAUUAUCAUUCAUUCAUCCAUUCACGGAUGAUUAUUUUAUGUAUUGGGGUUCGGUUGUCACGUCAACUUGUGCCCACAUAUUAAUGUGGUUGGUUUGUCGCGAACCAUUUGGUAUAUCCAAAGAACAAGUAUGCGAAUUUCGAAAAAUAUUAGAUACGUCAGAGAGACCGAUAAGUAGAAAUAAUAGAGAUCCACAACCUUUGCACAAAAGAAACGUUUUUCACGUGAAUGCAUCAAAAUUUUUAGAUUGCGCCAUGUUGCCGGUUAAAAGAAUCGCCGGUUGUUUUUGUGGUAGAGGAGAAGAAUUUGGAAAUCAAAGAAGUGGUUGUCAAUGUCAGGGUUCUAAAUUAAAUCAAGAGGAUAUUGAAGGCCAAGAAAGCGUUUACACGAGUAAAAGAUUUUCCGGCGAAAACUUUUUGCAACAGCCGCUUUUUGUGCAAAGGGCAACGGUACAUUCCGCACCGUUGUUACCAAAGCUCUUGGAAAAUACUUAUUUAGGACAAUUAUGGUCGAAUAAUAAUAAUAAUAAUACUAUAAAACCAGCCGACGAUUCAUCACAUUUGAAAAUAGUUUCACAAAGCUGUUGUUUCAUACCCGUUAAAGAUAUAUCGGACACGAAACCGCGUAAGGAAAAGAAAAGAAUGAAAAGGAAACCGUUCAAUUCGACGAAAACAAUAUCGAACAUAAUGGAAUCGUUGGAAACGUUGAAAAAUCAAACUCUUAAAAAAUUAAAAGAAAUCGAUUCGAUAAAUCAAGAAAUAAAAGGAAUCAAAUCAUUUUGCCACGACAUUGACGAUCAAAAAUGGAUAAAAAGAAUAGAAAAAAUGAUGUUCAGACAAAAAGCGAUAACUAUCAAAUCCUCACAGGGAUAUUUUAGCAAAAUGAAAAAACUCGCAAGGGAUUGUAACAUAGAUAAUUUUUUCGAAGGAAAAUUACUCACAUUUGGCGACAACUACGGUAAAACGUGGUUGAAUAAUUUUUCUAACGAAAGGAUUCGGUCUGGGGGACCAAAUUCGCAAGAACGGGAAAACAAUUCCGAUUCGAAAGGAGAAAAAACAUUCGACGAAAACAACGCCAUUAAAUUUUCAAAUAAAGCUCAUAAAGUGAUACAAAGUUUUUUUGACGACAUGAAAGAAAAUGACGGAUUACAACAAUCAUUGAAAAAAGAUUUAAAUCAUUUGAAAAAAAGUCUUUCGUAUAAAUCCCAAAGCGAGAAUAACAUUUCACAUAAAAAUUCGAAAAAAGGACUCAUAACUCAAAAAAUUUUCAAAUCACAAAAUUUGGGUAAUAGAUUUUUCAUCGAAGUGAAUUCCGAAGAAAUCGACGUCGAUGGUAAUAAAUCGAAAGAUUUGAAAACGUCAGAGGUCAAAGUUGAUGAAAACGUUCCGAGCGAAAUAUUACAAAACGAUACGGAUGAUUUCAUAUGUGAUUUCAUACCUCAAUACCAUAAUAUUUACGGACCUAAACGUAGCCGAGAGGCUGUGAUUCCUUUACACAGAACGAACGUCGCAAUGAAAUUUUCUCAUCCCGGAAAAACAUCAAACGGGUAUAAACAUGUUAAAACCGAAUCGAAUUCUUCCGUGAUUAAGAAAAAUUUAUAUAACGAUAAUUUACAAAUAGAAAACGCGUUAAGUGACAGUGAUAACGAUAGUAGUAAUAAUAAUGAUGAUAAUAAUAAGGAAAUAAUAAAUUCGGUGUCGAACGAAAGGCAAAAAAUUACAUUAACGAAAUAUUGUAAAUUUUGCCCGAAAAAAUUCAAUAAGAACAACAACAACAACAGCAAUACGAAAAAAACAACAAAGUUAAAUCGUAAAAAAGGUUAUAAAAAACAAAAAUUCCGGGAUUUGAAUUUAUUCGAAGGUUUUUACGUUAAAAAAAAAAAUGUCAAAAAUAAAAAAAAAAAUUUAAAACGAAAUAAAAAUAACGAAAAAGAUUGCGACAGCGCAUUGGAAUCAAGUUCGGCGAGUAAAGACAACGUUCUCGCAUUAAAAUACAAAUUGAAACAUUUGAAAAAAACAAAAUUUAAAAUUAAAAUAGAAAAAGGAAGUGAUAGUUGUACCGAAUCGGAAUUUCAAUUUUCAAUCACGAGUCCGAAUUAUCGAGAUUUUCCAGAAAAUUCUUCACUGAAAAAUCAAAACACGUGGAAUAAAAUCCACGUGAAAAAAGAUGUCAAUAAUAAAAAUGUUAAAAAUUCACCGAAAAAUAUUUUACCGGAAGAAAUUUCAUCGAAGGAAAGUAUUCGUACUUCCGGUUUUAAAAACGAAGAAAACGUUUGCGAAAAUCAAAAUGACGUCAUUGUUGAAACGGAAGAAAAAAAUAACGCGGAUGACGACGAACGAUUUUACGUGGCGGAACCAACGUCAUCCGGAAAAGUCGAACCAUCGAAUGACGAAGAUUCCGGGAAGAAAAUAACGGCGGUUAGUACCGCCGAUAUUAAAAACGAUUCGACGGAUAAAAAAAUCGAAGAAGAAAAAUUACAAAAAUUUCACAUCGGAGAAUUACAUUCGUUCAACGAAGUUUCGAAAAAUAAAAGUUUUACGUCAUUUUCCCUAAUAAAAGGUUUCACGGUUAACGUUAAUGAUAAAGUCAUACCAUCGUUCAUGAGAUGUCAUCUCGAAUUGAAAAAAAAUUUAAAAUUCGAUAAUGAAAUCGAUAAGAAAAAUUCGAUUCUCGAAUUGGACGCGGGUUUUGUUAUAAGCGCGAAAAAAACGUCGGAAAAUUUAAACGUUGACUUUAUACAAAAAAGAAAUGUCGUCACUCUCGUGAAUCGAUGCGGCAUUGAAAAAUAUCAUUUUUUGGACAAAGAAUUGCGAGAUGUUAAACCUUUACCGCAGCAAGAAAUAAACGCGAUUAAAUGCGAACCUAAAUCCGAACAAUGUCCGCCAUUGAAAAACGACUCGGUCGAAGACAUCGUUUCCGUUAUUUCAAACGACGUGGCAGAAGACGUUAAAUUUCCAAGCGUUGACAUGCGUGAAUUAACAAAUUCGUACAUGGAUUUAAAACACAACACGAACAGAUCGUUUUCCUUUGAAAAUUUUCGCGCCGCCGUUAAAUCUCGUAAGAAAAAAAUUAAAAAACGGCCAAAUUGUUAUAAAAAAUAUUCGAUAAAAAAUACAUUUUUUAAAGAUUCUAAUAAAUCUAGUACGUCGAAUAUAAAAGAAAAUGACGUUUUUUCUAAAUAUUCUAGUGAAAAACAAUUGAAAAUAAUAACGGAAAAUGUUGCGAAAUAUUUAAAACAAAAAUUUAUAAAAAAUGAUAACGAUAACGAACAAACUUAUCGCGACGUACAUAAACUAACGGAUUCGGAAAAUUCGGAAAAAGAAACGGAAAUCGGGAAAAACGAGAAAAUAAAAAACGAAAACCCGGAAAUGAAUUUCGAAACUAAACAAUCGAAAAAUUCUUCCGUUACAUCCGUUAAAAAAAAAACCGCGCAAAAUCAAGGGGGUAAAAAUGAUUCGACGAUAAAAGAAAAUCGAAAAGAAGAAGAAAAAGAAGCAGAAGACGUUUUAGAUAUAAAUGGUAAUACAAUAAAAAAUUUUAAUACCGCGAAUGAUGCCGUGAAUGAAGGUACAACUUCGCUUUCCCUCGACAAAACAAAAUCAGGUACGAAUGGCGAAAUUUUAUAUUUGAUCGAACGUGACAACAACAACCACAACGACAGCAGCAACGUCGUCACAUUAAAUACAACAGCAGAAGAAAUUAAUUUACAAAAAAAAAUUAAUACGAUGAAAACGGAAAAGGAAAAUUUGAUUAGUAGAACGAAAGAAAAAUUUUUCGAACCUAAAAAUAUUUUUACGAGAAAACAAAUUUGCAACGUUCAAUUGGACGUGGAUGGGAUUAACAACAGCAGCAGCACGAGUAAAAAUACGACGACGGAAAAAAUCAAAACUAAAUUCAACGAAGAAGAAUGCGGGAAAGAUUGUAAAAAACUAACAAAUUCAAAACCGCAUUUAAAUUUCGUCAAAUUGAACAAAUUAAUGGCGGGAAAAUAUAAAAAAAAUAACGGAUCGACGGAAACGAAACAAAUGACACCCUCGUGUCAACCCCCUUAUAGGAAAUACGCCGAAUCGAAAGUACCCGUUUUGAAAAGGAAAAUUCCGAAAAUAAAUAAAAAAAUAACGGAUGAAAACGGCGUUUCGAACGCCGCGGACAAAUCCGAUAAACAAAACGAUGAUAAUAAUGAUGAUAACGAUAAGAAAAAUAACCGGAAAAGGAAAUUAUUCAAAACUAAAAUACCAUUUUCCCUUCCGAAUAAAAAUAAUUUGGAAAAGAUAAAAUCACAACCGAAAAAAAACGAACAAAAAAAACAAAAAACAAUUAAUAAUAAUAAUAAUAAUAAUAAUUACAAUAAAAAUAAAAUUAAUAAUAAUAAUAUUAAUAAAACUCAUACUAAUAAUACUAAUAAUAAUAAUAAAAUAAUUAAUAAAAAUAAUAAAAUUAAUCGUAGAUUAGGAGAAACCGGAAAUUCAAAAUCAAUAUUAGCAUUUGAAAAAAUAUCAUCAUCAUCAAACGAUUUAUUAAAUUCAUUCAUGAUGACGUCACAUUCUCCAUCUUUGAUAAACGUUUUCGAAAAGCAAAAAAUAAAUCAAUUUUUUUUAAGUGUUAAAAAUAACAACAACAACAACAACAACAACCACCAACAAAAUGAAUUACGUUUAAGCGAAUCGAUAAACGAAAUAAAAAAUUUUUUCGAAACGCAAUCGAAUAAAAGCGAAACGAUAUUUGCAGAAGAUUUAGAAAAUUUAAUAAAAUUACAAAUGUGUUUAAAUCACGAAAUUGCCAACAAUAUAGAAAAUUCUAUGAAUUAUAUAAAAACAUUAUUAAGUCAAGAAUGUCACAACAACAACAACAACAACACCGAAACGGUUAUUAAUUUUGAUAACAACAACUACAACACGCUCAUGGAAAAUAGCUUCGAAAAUAACAAAUCAAAUAAUAAAAGCGGCAUCGUUUUGAUUGAAAUGAAUUCAAUAAUAAAUUCACCGAGUUCCGGUUCCGGUUCUACGUCGGAUAAUUUAGAACCUUUUAAUUUAUUUAAAUUAGAAAAUCAAGUUGAUAAAUUACAAAAUAUCGAUGCCGUGACAGAUUUAGAUGGCGACAAAGAAUACAAUUCGGAUUCGAGUUACAAUUGCGAAAUAUCAAUAACACUAAAUGGGAGAUCAAGCGAAGUAUUAACACCGACGCGUAAAACAUCAUUUAAUUACCUCAACGAAUUAUUAAUAAAUAAUUGUAAAGAAAAUAUUAUAUUUACCGGAAAUGAAACGUCCGAUAAUUCCGGUGAAACGAUGAAUGACGUCACGUGUAAAAGUAACAGUGCGCAAACGAUACGUUCUCUCGAUUGUGAUAAAACUAAAAAAGAAAACGAAGAAAUGUCGUUGGAAAUGAAAAAAAAAUUAUUGGAAAUAUUAAAAGGUGAAAUUAAAAAGGAAAUGACACUCACGUAUUCGAGAUCUUCGGAAACUCUUUGUGAUAAUUCGUCGUCUGCUACUAAAUUAAACGAUUCCAGUUUAAUGAAUUUAAGUCCGAGCGAAUGUGAAAGUGAAAAAACGGAAACGCUCAUAAUGUUUGUAUCAAUCAAUAAAUAA